ACAAAUUUGCCAUUCCAAUCAAUAUAUUGCACUGCUCUGGAUUAUGAUACAGAAAACAGUAAUUCAAGUCAAGCUACUUGUAGUCUGUUGCUUGGAAAUAAAUUUCUUGAGCCACUAAGUGACCGUCGCACAGAACAUGAAAAAGAACGUCGUCAGUUAAAGGAACAAUGGUUUCGAGAAGUUGGUCGCAUGCAUGAUAUUGUAUUAUCAAUGAGGCGAGCCCGAGGCUUUUAUAUACAAUGUCAACGUGAAGCUGAUCAUCGACAAAUGGAUGAAGAUGCUUUAAUAAAGGCUUCUGAAGCAGAAAAUUCUUAUAAAGCAAGUGUUGCAGAAGCUAAUGAAGGUCACAAACGAUUAUAUGCAGUAAAGAAUGAAAUUUUGCAAAAGAUACGUUUACUGUUGGCAGACAGUGAUAAUAUUUUACAAUCUGUCACAGUGGCUUACUUUCAAUUGCAGCAUACUCUCAGCACUCCGGCAUCAGUCCAGUUCCAAACACUCUGUGAAAGUAGUCGCUUGUAUGAACCAGGAUCACAGUACCUAGAAGCAGUUAAACGCCUGCCUCCUCCUGCUGCUGUUACGUUACAGACGCCAUUCACAUUCGAAAGAUAUUACGAAGGUGGAAAGCGACUUACUGACCAAGAAAGGAAAUCAACAGAUUCCAUUGAAGGUGAUGAUUUAUUUCAUGGAUUGAAAGAACAGGCUCUUUGCAGUGACACUGACAGCAUUACAAGUGCAGCCAGUAGCCAUGAUGCAGAUACAUCUCCCAGUACUAGUUGCCGGAGUCCUUCGCAUGAACUUAUUUCUGAGAUGGAUCCCAGCAGUGAAAAU